UGCUAAGUGAUAAAAUAUUGAUGCUGACUUCUAUUCGGAAUCAGAAACAUCAAUGAGAACAAACCUUCGUUGAUAAUAAAAUCAAGAAAAACCGAAAAUAUAUUUGAAGCAGACUGCAGAUAUUUGCAAACAGACAAAAUAGUCUAAAAUCUAUGGUAAAAAUAAAAAGACAUCAUAAAGCCAGAUGAAAGGAUGGCAGUUCGCUUGGUACAGCAACUUAAGUCGACGUCAAAACAUGCACACAUGCAUUCAAACAAAUGGAAGGGAAUAUUUGCGCCGUAUGAAAUGAUUACAAGAAUCUCUAUGAUAGGCAAUGGAAAAACCAGCGUCACAAAUAAAUGGAUUGAUGAAACAACUGGCAAGAACAUAAAGCCUGUUCGGAUAUCAAUCGAGGGAAAUAUUGGCAGUGGGAAAACAACAUUGCUCGAGUAUUUUAAAAGGCAUUCACAUGUUGAAGUAUUUACAGAACCUGUCAACAAAUGGCAAAAUAUAGGAGAUGGAAAUGCCUUGGGUCUUGUUUAUGAAGAUCCUAGCAGAUGGAGCUUUCUAUUUCAAUCAUAUGUACUUCUAACGAUGCUGGAAGUUCACAAAACAAAACAGGAUCAUCCUGUCACGUUGAUGGAAAGAAGCAUUUACAGUGCAAGCUAUUGUUUUGUUGAAAAUCUUUAUCAGAGUGGAAAGAUGUCUUCAGUUGAAUACAACGUAUAUCAAAAAUGGUUCAAUUACAUUAUGAAGGAGGAUAAGCCGAAACUAGAUUUGAUUGUUUAUCUCAGGACGUCUCCAGAAGAAUGCUAUAAACGCUUAAAAAAGAGGAGAAGAAAGGAAGAAAUCGACAUCCCCAUGAGUCUACUUGAGACAAUUGACCAACAUCACGAAGACUGGUUGAUCAACAAAACAAAAUUCGACAUUCCUGCGCCUGUUUUGGUUCUUGAUGGUAAUAAGGAUCUUAAGGACAUGUUUAAAAUUUAUGAAACUAACACCAACAGCAUCUUACUUGGAAUGGGCGAUGAACCGAUUACAUGUAGAGAUUGAAUCUAAACUAUUACCAUCAGUUGAAACUUUUUAACUUGUAAACAUACCAGACUUUUUGCAAGCAAUUCACCAUUUUUAUUGUAAAUAAACAAAAAAAGUAUUUCGUGUUGA